AUGUGUCGCUGUUGGAUUGAUUUCGAUCUGAAGCCCUAAACGAGCAUUGAAGAAGCUUUUAGCCUUCCAUUUCUGUAAUUGUUGUGUACUAGAAGAAGCUCCGAAGACGACAAUGGCUACCAUAGACGAAAGCCCUUCGGCUAAGCGAUGGCUUCCUCUUGAAGCUAACCCUGAUGUUAUGAACCAGUUUCUUUGGGGUCUUGGUCUUCCCGAAGAUGAAGCAGAGUGCAACGAUGUUUAUGGCUUGGAUGAAGCACUCUUGAGCAUGGUGCCUAAGCCUGUACUGGCGGUUCUGUUCCUUUAUCCCAUAACCCAAAAGAGUGAAGAAGAGAGACUGCAGCAGGACAAAGAUGCAAAGAAGGAUCAUAGUGAUCGAGUAUACUUUAUGAAACAAACGGUUGGCAAUGCCUGUGGAACUAUUGGACUUCUUCAUGCCAUAGGGAACGUUACUUCAGAGAUCAAGCUUUCCGAGGGAUCAUUCUUGGAUAGGUUCUACAAGUCUACCAGAAGCAUGGACCCAAUGGAGCGUGCAGUAUUUCUCGAGAAAGACAGAGAAAUGGAAGUUGCACAUUCGGUAGCAGCUACUGCUGGAGAAACGGCGCCUCCAGAAAACGUCAAUACUCACUUUAUCUGCUUCACAUGUGUGGAUGGGAAACUUUAUGAGCUCGACGGGAGAAAGUCGGGACCAAUAUCACAUGGUGUAUCAUCCCCUAGCAGUCUAUUAGAGGAUGCAGCUGAAGUCAUAAAGGGCAUGAUCUCAAAAAAUCCCGACUCCCUGAGCUUCAACGUCAUUGCCGUUUCGAAGAAAGUUGGGGACACAUCUUAAGGCGAACAGGUUCGAUCUUACUUAGUCUUACAUCAAUGACCAACUCCUAGGCCUAGUUUUCGCCAUUUCUAUUAGGAAUCAUUUACAAGUAGCCACAUGAAUAUGUAUGUGAAUCUGUUUUGCCUGAGACAAACAAGGUGUUCACCACUUGCAUUGAACUUUCUUUUGUGGUUUUAGAAUUUGCUAUUUGACAAUAGAAAAGUUGUGUUCAUUGCUUACAAACA